AUGCACCCUCAUGCCAUUCUCCAUCGCCCAACCGCCCGAAUAAACCUUCCAACACCCAGUCCAACCCACCAGCUUCUCCGUCCCAGCUCUAUCAUUGCGAACCACCCUACUAACGACCAAAUCUUUCCAUUCGCGCUUUCCUGUAAGCUGCGAAAAGAAAAACAAUGCGGUAUCGGGAAUGACGGUCGCGCGGAUGUGAAAGUCCAGAGGUGGAAGAUGGUGUCGUAG